CAAAGGCGCUUUCCGCAUCAACUUUUGCUUUUAUUUCACCUGCACAAUUGGGAUCGGAAAAGCUCCUGUGACAAAGUCAAGAAAAGCUGACCUAAAUGAGUAACCACUCAGCCGGGACAUGUAUCCGGCCCUCCCCGAUCUCCUCCGUGGCCCUGCCAAUCCUUUACAGCUUCCUCUGUGUCGUCGGUCUCUUCGGCAAUUCUCUCUCUCAAUGGGUGUUUUUAACCAAAAUAGGCAAGAAAACCUCCACUCACAUCUACCUGGCGCAUCUCGUGACGGCGAACUUACUCGUGUGCAGCACCAUGCCCUUCAUGGGGAUGUAUUUCCUGAAGGGUUUCCAAUGGGAGUAUCGAUCGGCCCAGUGCAGGGUGGUCAAUUUCCUGGGGACGCUCCCCAUGCAUGUCAGUAUGUUUGUCAGCCUCCUGAUUUUAAGCUGGAUCGCCAUCAGCCGCUAUGCUACCCUGAUGAAAAAGGAGUCCACGCCCGAGACCACUUCGUGCUAUGAGAAGAUAUUUUACGGCCAUUUACUGAAAAAGUUCCGCCAGCCCAACUUCGCUAAAAAGCUCUGCGUGUACAUCUGGGGCGGCGUGCUGGGCACCAUCAUCCCGGUGAUCAUCUACUACUCCGUGGUGGAGGCCACGGAGGGGGAGGAGACCCUGUGCUAUAACCGGAAGAUGGAACUCGGAGCCAUGAUCUCGCAGAUCGCGGGCCUCAUCGGGACCACGUUUAUCGGAUUUUCGUUUUUAGUCGUCCUCACGUCAUACUACUCUUUUGUGAGCCACCUGAGAAAGAUCAGGACCUGUACGUCCAUCACGGAGAGACCUCUCAUGUACAGUUCCGUGAGGAGGCAUCUGCUGGUCAUCCAGAUCCUACUGAUUGUCUGUUUCCUCCCCUACAGCAUCUUUAAGCCCAUUUUCUAUGUGCUCCACCAAACGGUGAGCUGUGAGCAACUCAAUUAUUUGAUAGAAAUCAAAAACAUCCUCACCUGUCUCGCCUCAGCCAGAAGCAGCACCGACCCCAUUAUAUUUCUUUUUUUAGAUAAGACGUUCAAGAAGAUACUGUAUGAUCUCGUCACAAAAUCUGAACCCACGCCUACCCAACCCUAUGGCUGACUUUUGAGGGGGAAAGCCCACCACCUAGAAAAGCACUCAGAUGACUAUAAAACGACAUGGUCAACGGGCCAUCACGCGGUGGGUAACAGGCACCGAGAAGACCUCUUUGGUUUAAAAAGUGACCAGAAAAGUCACUUUACAGUUCAACUUGUACUGAAGGCUGAGAGGACAGAGACCUUCAGAGGCAAAAGUAAGCGCAUUGAAAGGAUCCCGCUGCACAGGAAACCAACAGACCAUUUUCUAUGCAAAGUCAGCCACAGGGGCUCCUAUUCGGGACACAGUGCUUCAUGGCAGUAGGACCAGGAAGCCAAAGGUGUGGACUUUUCAAAUACAAGCGUCCAUCUGUGGAGACUGUUUUGUUGGGGACUUUGAAGACAAGAAAAGAAAAAGUGGAUACGAAAUUUCCUCAUUUAAGUCCUAUCUAAAUGUGUGAAUGAUACAGUGUAAGAAUUCAAGGUAUGAAGCACACUAUUUGGUAUUAUGUGGCUUAGGAUACUAGGAGAAGCAACAUUCAUUGAUUCUAGUAUUUCUCAAGCAGAUGUUAUUUGUAACUCUGCUUAAAUAUUUGGAUUAGACUUUGUCACAAUAAAAAGCGAAUACAAUGCCA